UAACCAUAAAAAAAGAAAUCAGGCCAAAAGAUCAAAUUCCCCUUUCCGACACAGCGUCCGGCUAUCGAGAGCUAACCAGACGGUUCAAACACUGAGCACGGCGGCGUCUUCUUCCUUCGUCUGUGGGGUUCUUUCUGCUGUGAGGGGUUCUUGUGAAACUGAACUACAUUGCUUUAUAUAUAUAUAUGAAUCAGAUUGAUCCCAUGGAUGCAGCAGAUGCCAGAAACUUUGUUGUGGGAGAUACUGCUCAUGCAGAAGUUGAUGGCUUUAGGCAUCAAGUCGAUGAGAUUUUUCUGAAGGUUGACAGGCUUGAGCAAAGCGUGAAUGAGAUAGAACAGUUCUAUUUGACAUUGAAAAAGAAGCAGCAAACUGGUAGUAAAGGUAGCUCUAUUGUAAAGGAUAAAGACAAGGAAAGACAUGUUCCAAGUAUUAAGAAGCAGCAGCAAGAAGCAGCUCGCAGAGAAGCUGCAGCUGCAAAGAGAAUGCAAGAACUCAUGCGGCAGUUUGGGACAAUAUUGCGUCAGAUAUCACAGCAUAAGUGGGCCUGGCCAUUUAUGCAGCCAGUAGAUGUGGAAGGUCUUGGAUUACACGAUUAUUAUGAGGUGAUUGACAAGCCAAUGGACUUCAGCACAAUUAAAAAUCAAAUGGAGGCUAAAGAUGGUACUGGAUAUAAGAAUGUGAGAGAGAUAUGUUCCGAUGUGAGAUUAGUCUUCAAGAAUGCAAUGAAAUAUAAUGAUGAGAGAAGUGAUGUCCACGUGAUGGCCAAAACUUUGCUUGCAAAGUUUGAGGAGAAAUGGCUUCAACUUCUGCCUAAAGUCACUGAAGAGGAAAAGAGACGAGAAGAGGAGGAAGCAGAAGCGCUGUUGGACAUGCAGCUUGCUCAAGAGGCUGCUCAGGCAAAAAUGGCUAGAGACAUAAGUAAUGAGAUUUAUGAGGUAGAUAUGCAACUGGACGAGCUUCGAGAACUGGUCGUGCAGAACUGCAGAAAAAUAUCAACCGAAGAAAAGAGAAAGCUUGGAGCAGCCCUCACCAAAUUGUCUCCAGAAGAUCUCAGCAAAGCGUUGGAGAUUGUAGCUGAAAAUAACCCAAGUUUUCAGGCUACUGCUGAGGAGGUGGAUCUCGAUAUCGAUGCACAGAGUGAAUCUACCUUAUGGAGGUUAAAGUUUUUUGUUAAAGACGCCCUUGAAGUUCACGCUAAGAGCUCAGCGAGCACAGGUGGUGGCAACAACCAAAACCAUACAAACAGCAAUAACAUCAAUAGUAACAACAAAAGGAAAAAAGAGAUUUGUGAUGCUAUAGCCAGAACAGCCAAGAAAAAAACUAAAAAGCCCUCUUCUUGAUACAAUAGAUCAACUUUGAAGCUAUCGAAUCUUAUAGUUGCUUUUAGUUUGUUUGUUUCUGUAACAUGCUGCUGAAAAAGGGUAUUUCUGAAGUGAUCGGUGCCUACCUAACCUGUAAGUGUCGCAUUCUUUCUCCUGUAAUUAUACUUUUACAGCUCGUCGCACGUUGAAAGGGCAAACUCGCUAUUCGCUUGCGAAAUCGUCGAGUUAUUUUUUCCUAGGGAGGAAUCUUUGGGGAUGGAAACCGUUGAUGUAAACCAAAUCCUGAAUGUCAUUAAAAGAAAACUACCCAAAUUUAUUAAAAGAAAACUACCCAAAUUUUUGGAGUGCA